UCCCGGUUUUUGCGCUCUCAGCUGGGAUUCCGGGAAUCCUGUCUCGUGCUUUCCGCCCGAUCAGCUGAGAUUCCAUGGAAUAUAAUUGCGCGGUGAAGUCGCCAGACGUAACAGUAUUACCUUUAUAUCGUAUACAUUGUUUAAUAAGCAUCAGAAAUUAUUUUUUAAUCGCCAGUGCUUCUUAUAAGAAUAACACAAUUAAAUUUUUCAAUCGACCGUACCUGGCAAUUGUGUUUUUCAACACAGAAAUUUUUAUUGCGAAAAAUAUUACCUCAGCCAGGGUUUGAACCUGGACUUCCCUGCUCACUAGGUUUAAAGUUCUUAUUAGCGAGUAUUCCAAGAUUAUUCUAGUCCUUCUCUAAUUUUGUAGGCGUACAGGAUUUACAUACGCUAAUGACAUCAAUGUCAACUAGCAUGGAAGAUCAUUUUAAUAGAAUAUACGAAGUGUUAACUUCUCUGUCACAAACAGUUAAAGAGUUAAAAACUGGGUUACUAGCUGUAGAAAAAAAAAUUAAUAUGACUCGAGAUCCCCCUGCAUUGGACGUGACAAAUAUGGAGCGUUCUUUCCCACUUCAAACAAUUGAUGAUGUCAAGGCUUUUGAAAAGAAUUUAACAGAAAAUGUGGAAGAAUACAACAAAUUUGUAAGUUAUUGUAAGCAAUUAAGAGGCCGAAUUAAGGAUAUACGAAUACAUGAGACAAGGGGAGCGUGUGGUGUAGUAGCCUUAGUGUUAUGCCGAGAGAACGAAGGAUCCCGGUUGGCUCCGUUUAUUUUUCCGUCGCUUACAUUAUACCAUAUGUAUGAAUUUAGUAUAUAUAAUAU